GGUGCGGACGUGCGUUUGGCGGUGGAAAUUCUCGGGCACGAAAGAAAGUAUCACAAUAGUGGCGCUCGUUGUAACUCUCGGUUCCUGCGGUUUCAUCGGUUUUGUUGGUUUUUCGGUUUUUGCACUCUAAUUUCAUUAGCCGGAAGGAGUGCGGCGAAGUGGAAACGGCAAUGGAAAUGUCCACCGGGCAGUGCCAGUAAUCCGGAGGCAGAUGGAUAAGGAGAGGAGCCAAUGAACUUGCUGACAACUUGAGACGACCACAAGGAGGGGAGUGCCCUUGGGGAGGUCAAGGAAUCCAGAAGCCAUGGGCGACCUACAGGCCACCAUCGAGUUCGUCGUGGAGCUGCACAAGUUCUUCAACGUGGAUUUGUUUCAGCGCGGGCUCUACCAGGUACGCUGUGGCCUGCGUGUUUCGCCCCGCUUACCCGUGCAGGUGGAGACGAGCAUUCCGGAAGCCAGUGGCCCCGGAAAACAGAACGGACACGCGAACGGGGGCGUCACUGACCAUGGAAGCAGUGACAGCGAGAGGGGAGAGCCUCUGUCGCCGGGGGAAGUGCCACGCCUCCUCGAGGCACCUCCGGGGGGCAGCUGUACAUCCGCCUCCGUUAUCAACGGCAGCGGCGCCUCGCGCAUCUUCCAGAUACUCUACCGCAACGAGGAGGUUCCACUGCGCGACAUCAUCCACUUUAGGAGCCAUCUACUAGUUGACAGUCGUCACCUGAAGGAGUCCAUUGAACGGGCCGAGUUCUCACUGCAGUUGGAGCUCUGGUUUGGCGAGCAGAACGGGACGAGCAGCCUGAACGGCAAUGGCAAUGGCAGUGGGAUGGGCAGCUUCUCUGGAUCCGGCAGUUCUACCCUGACACUGGCCUCCACCAGGACCCUACAGCUGAACUUCCAUCCGGGACGUGGCCUUCACUACCAUCUGCCGGUGCUGUUCGACUACUUCCAUCUGGCGGCCAUCAGCGUGGGCAUCCACGCCAGCCUCGUGGCCCUCCAUCAGCCGUACAUCAAGAAAAGCAUGUUCUCGUAUAUGAAAUUCUGUGCCCCUCGCAGUUCGAAGCCGUGGAGUGCGGGCAAGUUGAGCUGUAGGGGAAACACAUCGCCGGGACCCUUAGAGGCGGUGUUCUUUGGACCGCAGAUUGGUGGCACCACCAAGUGCAGCGGAGGUCCUGCUGGCAGGCUGCUACAAUCCAGGGCCAUUCAUCGAGAGAUUUGCUGUCUGCUCCUAGGAGCCAUUGAACAGCUGAAGGCCACUCUUAACGAGUUCAGUACAGUGUUACCUCCCAGUAUAAACUCGCAAAUUGGCUCUCCGCCUUUGAGGGAAAACGACACUGGGGAGAGGCUGCAACUUUUACUGGAUCAGGCGAAGCAACUUGAGGCGGAGGAAGACUUUGCCAUUCGGGCCAAUUCUGAUAUAGCCCAACUCUGUGCGGAGAGCAUAUUCUGGUGGAGAAGGGUUCUCCUGGCCUCAAGAUCCUCGACUGCAGUACACACUCUCCUGGCCAGAAAACACCAUAUACUCAGGGUACGUCGGUUUGCCGAGGGUUUCUUUGUGCUGGAGCAACCGCGUCAUGCGGCGGCAGCUGGUUGCCAGGAUCAAGCCAAUGGAUCUCCAUCACCUGGCCAUUGCCAGGGAUACGUGGCCAUCGCGGAGUUGGCCAGAAGAAGUCGCUACCUGCAAUCCCUCCCACCACUUCCCGUUCAUUGUACGCCCAUUGAUGGCGAUGCAGCUUCAUUGCCUUUGAUCUUCGAGGAUCGCUAUGUCGCCCCGAACAGCACUUAUGCCAGAAGAAGAUCCGGCAGUGAUCCUCAAAUUGAUGAAACAAUCUCAGUGGUUAGUGGUCAGAAGAAAAAGGUGGACAAGACCCACUCGAGCAGCAGUUUGAAUGGCAUCAAAGACUGUCUGGCCUGCCAUUUUGACUACGAUUAUCCGCAGACCAAUGGUUCUGGUCCAGCUCAUCCGCAUGCCAAGUGUGUGAUUACCCCGAGAUUCGCUUUGGGUGGCGAAGUGCUCCAGGCCAGUCUCACCAUUGCUCCCAGUAAGGAGCCACCAGCGGAAGUAACAGCCCCUGCCACACUGCGACACAAUCUGUCCAGGCACUCGGUCACCGGUCUGCUGGAGGAUCUCUACCUCGACUCAAGUGUACCAGCCCGGCAUAGCAAAUCCUUGGACCAACUCGAUGGAUGCGAGGGACUAGCCACAAACUCGGUGACGACGACCAAUAACCAUACGCUACCCCGACUUCAGGCCGACGAUCUGAUGAGGAACAUAUGUGAGUUUCGGCAGCGGUACGGAAAGUUCGAUUAUCUCCAUGAGAUCAAGCUGCUGAAUCCUCCCAAGCAACAGCAACAGGUGGCCCCACAACAGCAACAGCAACAGCAGUGUACCAAUGGUUACAACUCCCUGCCAAAGUCGAUGGUUCCCCCUAGAAACUCCUAUCCACCACCUCCUCCGAGUCAGCAUACGACCAUGCCUAGGAGCAGUUCUUCCCAGAUUCCUCGAGCAGUGGAGAUCGCACGGGUGAGGGUCUCCGACAUUAAGGAGAUGCUAAGGCAGGGUCAAUUGCGGAAGGAGUCCAGCAGUUCCGAGAGCGACAUGAUGCAGAAGCUCCAGAUGCUGAGUUCGACCAGUGUUCCCUUUCGCUUGGAGGGAACCAGCAACAACAACACCACCAGCAGUGAUCCGAAUACCAGUGGUUUCAGUGAAUCCCUGCCCAACUUGGCUCCCCCACCGGAAUUCGAUUCCGAUUCGCAGUUAAGAAGGCAAAGAAGCAACUCCACCUCUUCGCUCAGUGAGGAGAGUGGCUGGGUAAGCAGUCGGAGGAGUUCCUUAGCCAUUUCUAGUCCGGAUACCAUAACCAGCACGGGUAUAACCAAUCGGCAGAGACACACUCAGCUCAAUUUGGGGAUGGGAAUGGCCAUGGAGACCCGUUUGAACGGCGAACAGCUAAGAUUGCGACUGCAAAAGGUCCUGGAACAACAACAGCUCCAGCAGCAACAUCCUCAUAAAGCCCGAAAACGGCAGGCAGGAUCCUCCAGUCAAAGUAGGACUCCUGCCCGACAGCAAACUGAGGUUCACAAGAAGAUCUCCUCGGUGACGGUUAAUAUCAAGCGGGAACGUUCGCGUUACCAGUUGGACAGACUGCGUCACCUGCCCAAUGGGGAGUCCACGGAGGUGGAGGAAAUGGAGCCACCUCCGCGGAGGAACCGCCACAAGACUGCCUGUGAGAAAUCAAAAUCGGACUUCGAUAUAACGAGUCUCAAGGACAUACAGCCAUUGGAUGCAGUGUGCUUGCCACCUCCUCAGCAGUUUCAGGAUCAGGAGCAGGAGAUAGCUUUGGUCCUGGCUCCACCGCCACCUGAUGAAUUCCGAGAUCCGCCACCGGAACCAGCUCCUGCAGCACCUAUAACACCUGUUCCUCUGCCAGUGCCCAUACCAGCUGCACUACCUCCAACGGGAAAAGCCAAGAUGGUGUCUUGUCAUCUGCCACCGCCCCUUAAGGAACGGCAACCCAUUGGUGCCAUUGAUAAUCCAGUGUACCAUAUCUACGAGUCACUGCGUCCCAUGUCCACGCCAGCCAUCUUCAGCAACAAGCCUGUGCUCAAAUCCCACAGCCUGGCAGAGUUAAAGAGACCCCAAAAUCUUCCCAAUCCUCCUAACCACCAAUGCAAGUCCCAUGCGAUCAAUGGCAAUGGGCUAGAGAACGGCUUAGACCACGAACAAGAUGAAAACAAGGAGAACUCCAAUGGCCAAGUGAGGGUAACCAAGCAGGGAAAUAGUUCCAACGCCUCUUCAAAGCAUAAGCGCAAGGGCCAGAUCUCUUCCGCCGUUCAAGAGGCUCCUCCUAGCAUCUCCCUCCUUGAAUUCGAGAAGUAUCGCGAGGAGUUCCGCAAGCAGAUCAAAUACCAGGGUUGCAUCUACUCCGAUUACGUGCAGCUGGCCUCGGAACUGCCCUACUUUUACAUCAGUGACGAAUACCGCGCGUUUUCGCCCAACGGAAUGCACCUGGUCAUCUGUGUCCACGGGUUAGAUGGCAAUUCGGCGGAUCUCAGGCUGGUGCGCACCUACCUGGAACUGGGAUUACCCGGUGUAAAUCUCGAGUUUCUCAUGUCUGAGCGGAACCAGGGAGACACCUUCUCGGACUUUGACACCAUGACUGAUCGGCUGGUAUCCGAGAUACUCUACCAUAUCGAUAGCUGCGCCCUGAAUCCCGCUCGCAUCUCAUUUGUGGCCCACUCCCUUGGCACGAUAAUAGUGAGGAGCGCGUUGGCCAGGCCCCAAAUGCGGCCCUUGCUCCCACGUCUGCACACCUUUCUUUCUCUGUCGGGACCUCACCUGGGAACACUCUACAACACCAGUGGAUUGGUCAACAUGGGAAUGUGGUUCAUGCAGAAGUGGAAAAAAUCCGGAUCUCUGCUGCAGCUCUGCAUGCGUGACACCACUGAUAUGCGGAAUAGUUUCCUGUACAGGCUGAGCCAGAGGAGCACCCUGCAUCAUUUCAAGAACAUCCUGCUCUGUGGAUCUAGCCAGGAUCGCUAUGUGCCGGCACACUCGGCUCGCUUGGAACUUUGCAAGGCGGCCAUAAGGGAUAGCUCCUCGUUAGGCACCAUUUAUAGGGAAAUGGUGCACAAUAUAAUAGCUCCGAUUUUGGCCAAGCCGGAACUGACUUUGGCCCGCUUCGAUGUCCACCAUGCUCUGCCCCAUACGGCCAACACUUUAAUAGGGCGAGCGGCCCACAUUGCAGUCCUGGACUCAGAGUUAUUCAUUGAGAAAUUUAUGCUGAUUGCGGGCCUAAAGUACUUCAGUUAACCAGCUCGCUGAACCAAAUAGUCCUCCCACGAACCAAAAGUACUUUUCACUCCUAAACGGACUUACGUAGAAUCCUAGCGAGUUAGCGAAGUACAGUACAGAGUCGAAAGGGGGAACUACAUAUUUAGUAAAUAGAUUUCUAACUAAUGAGAGACUUGGAUUUUCUUAAGAAAUUAUAAUUACAGGUCGUUAAAAAUUAAGUAUGUCAUGAUCAAAAGUUUAUAUAGUUUUAAAGCUUUUAACUGUAUUUAUUUUACAUUUGUGAUUCGAUAUUAGUUUGUACUUAAUUAGGAGUCAAUCUAAAUCAAAAUACAUGUAUACUUAUUUGUUCCCUCAAUUGUAUAUAAUCAAAAAUUCGCUAUGACUUCUUCAUCGUGUACUGUACUUCUUAUUUAAUACAAAGCAAUAAUUUGAAUACACAGGGUACUCAUAAAUCGCAGACAAAACAAGAACCAGAGUCAUCAGAUUCAGCCAACUGAUUCCAAUCGACCUGCGAUUGGAGCAAGGAAUUUAUUGAAGCAAAUCGUUAGACUUGAAUUUUUACAAAUGCAACUCUUUUGUAGCGAAUUGAUAUUCACAUCACACACUUACAUACGAAUCAAAAACCAAAGAAUGUUUAAUCAAAAACUAUAACCAAAAACAAAAGCAGCAUAACUGUUGAAAACGUGUUAACGAUAAUUACAUUUUUAGCCGUAAGAGUUGAACGCAUACAAAGCAAAAACAGAAGCCAAAGACAUCAUAAGUAGUGUUAAAUUCCAGUUCAAAACUAUACACGAGACUUUUUCGAAACGGUUGAAUUGCAAAUGGAAAGUGAAGGAAGACAAGAACGAUCAUGUUAAGUAUACGUAAACUAUCGAUAGUAGUUGAGCACGGGCAAGGCAAGGUUGCAUUUUGAUGAAAGUAGCGAAAUAGAAUUAGCAAUUUUUAAGACUAAUCAAACACAAACAAAGACAAAAUGGUUUUUCCAAAUCUUUUUACUGCUAGACAAGAGAACAAAUUUAAAAGAACUAGAGAUAGAGUAGAGUAGUGUUGAACUAGUCGAGUUGUUGGUAGCUGAGUGCAAUAUUGGAGCGUCAAUUAAGCUGGGAGCUGGACGAGAUAGAAGUUUGUUUGCAGAUUUAGAUUUUUCAUUGGGAACAAGAUCGAUGCCGUAGUGCGUGUAAAGCAGUUAGGACAAAACUUUAAAAAUUCGUAGUCUAGUCUUAGCCAUAACUCUCUGUUUUAUGAGCUUUUUCCAAUCGCUGUUGUGAACUACCACUAUUUGUGUCCCUACCAGAAAUUGCAUUCUUCUUACGUGUAUAACCGUCCUAAAUGUAACUACUUUAUCAACUUGCUAAAGCGAAAAACGAAAUGAGAAACUGGAUUUUAAAGUAUUUGUGUGAAUCCAAAAAUUGAAUGUAUGUUAAAAUUUUUCCUAGGGCACUACGGUUUUACUAAAUGUAUUCGAACAAAUUUAUGCAAAUUCCCCUGAGUUGCAGUUAAAAUAUUUUUUUUCGAAUAAAAUUUGCUAAAAUUCAA